AUGCUUCAUGUUGAACACUGUCUUGAUUACGUUCGACAGGCUAUCAUGUGCAACUCCGAUCUUACUCCAGUCCCUCUCACUUGGUACGAAAGCGCACAAACAUUCGGACCAGACUUCCGUACGACGCAUACGUGUCGCGAUUUCGAGGGGUUGCUGCAGUGGUCUCUGAUGAGAACAUCAAAAUCGUUAAAGGAGAAGGGAAGUGGCAUGGAACACACGGAUAUUGAUUCAUUGAAGAUGCCCGGAAGUCUACAAACAGCAGAUGGGCUAAGUCAUGGGAACCAUCAUGGACAUUAA